AUGAUCCAGGCGCGGGACCUCCAUCUUCCAACCGCUUUCUCGAGCCCGCCGGCUCCGGAUCCAGGCUUCCCCGGCGGGCCGGGUGGGAGAGAAGGGCGGGAAAGGGAAGGGGGAGUGGCGGAGGCAGCCGCGAGGCUGGGGACCGCGACUGAGCCGCCGGGUUGGGGAGCCGCGGCCGAGACGACGGUCGUGGCAGGAGCUCCAGCGAGUGUGCGGCUGGCAGAGACCGAGCAGGACCUGGCGCGACAGCGGGAGGCGCGCGCUCUCGGCGGGGAGAGCGCAGGAGGCGCGGGGAACGUGAGGCAGAGGACUCGCGCACGCGCGCGGGGAGGACGCGCCCACCUGCUGGCGCGCGGCGCCCCCACCCGGCCGUGCGCGCGCACGCGCCCCCGGCUGCCCUUGCGCCGCAGCCCGGGCGACCUCGCGCGGGGGCGUCUGUCGACGCAGCGCGCGGGACGCGGGAGACGGUGGCCGCGCUCGGCGUGGCAGGCUUGGCUUGCACUCUGUCGUGCCGAAGGCGUUUCGGCGUUUUCUCUUUCCUCAGGGUGUCAGGCUGAGCCCGAAUUGGUACGGAGGCGUCUGCCCCGGGAGGCCAGGGCGACCAGGGUGCCAAGAACAAAAGCAAGCAUUCUCUUCCAGACCUCUGCUGCAGACUAUCUGGCACCAGUUAAUAUCAAUCCUCUGAUCCGUGCCUGGAAGACCCAAGGGUCAGCGGUGGAAGCCAGAAAGUCUAUGCCAGCAGGAUGAAGGAGCUGUGCUAGUGGGAUGAAGGUUCUACACUGGAGCUGAGAAGUCACACUCACAACAAAGACCAGGGCUGUCCUGAAAGACACCACAGCUGUCCUCAGCGACAUGGAGGCCCCAAGCUCCUCUGACGACAAGCACAAUCGGGUACAUGCCAGGAAGCAGCAUGAUGAGUUCAUCCGGAAGACCAAGCAGCGCGUCUUCCCCUCGGGAGCCAGGAAGCAAUGCUUGAUGUGAGGACCAAAGCUUCUCCAGGAGAACCAACAGCUCAGACAGCAACUCAUAGGAGAACCCACAAUGCUUCCUUAACGCCUCAACCCUCAACACCUCCCUUCUUCUCCACCUAUUUAUCCUGGCAAUUUUCCUCAGGUGGAGCAUCUUCACUCAAUGCCAUGCUGAUGUAAUCCAGCUGGCGUUAAGUUGACCACCAGCUCUUAACCUGUAACACCAUCUAUUUAAGUAAGCAGGCUCCUGAGUCCUAUCUCCCCAGAUUUCAGAAGAAUUAUUGACUCCACAGUGUCUGCAUGCUGAUACUUUCAAAUCAAGUUGCUACUUUGCAAAUUACAGGGUUUUUUUUCAUUUAUUUUGAAUAUGGAACUAACAGAUUGUAUCUCUUUAUGUCCCUGAGAUUGUCAUUUCUCUUUUGAUGUUUCUGUGAUUUAAAAUUUAAAUUUAAAUUUAAAAUACUUCAACCUUAAGCAGUAUACAAUUAGAUUUUUAUAGUUUUUAAUCUAUUCUAAUAAUCUUCACUAUUCAUGUAAAGUACUAAUUCAUUCAUAGUUUAAUGUAAUUAUCAAGAUAACUGAUUUUUGAGCCUGAGGAGCAAACCACAGGGGCCAGCAGGAAGGAGAGACAACAGCCUAGUGGAGGGAGUCCGCUCAGCCCCGCCUGCCACCUCUCUAGCCGGAGAAGUGCACCACAGCUGCCAGCCGGAAGGAGGGAGCUGGGCCAAGCUGCUGGAACCUGCUCCCGCCUUGUCUGCCACCUUCUUUUGACCUGGAGAGCACCAGCACUACUGCCACUGCCUGUUGAAAGGAGCAGUCCUGCUGAGGAGGUUUGAGGCCUACCUAGGCCAUACGGGGACCCUCUAUCACCCCGGGGAUCCAAGGAGCCAUCCAAGGAGCUGGAUGACUACACAACAUCCAACCCCUGGGAGAGUAUGAGAUCCUGGCUUUGGUGGGUUGGGGGUCCGCUGGGCUUGCAGCCACACUAGAUUGGACUUAGCAGGAUUUGGGAUUGCCUGGACCACACCAGGUGGCCUUCUUUCCCUCAGGGAAGCUUUGCUACCAGAGGGGGAAACUGUGCAGCUUGAGGAGGCUUUAGGUCUACCUGAGAGGAGCCUGGCAACUCUUUUUUAAUCCAGGGGCUCCACUGCCCAAAGAGGGAGCUAUACUACCAGAGGAGUCCCAGGAGCCCAGGUCAUAAGAGACAAUCUCCAACACACCCAGGGAAACUCUGGAACAACACUUGAAACACAGAAAUAUAGGAAAAUGACAAAAUGAAAGACCAAAAUUCAAUCUCAACCAUCCAGCCCAUCCCAAGAAAGCCUAGGAGCCAGGUACAUAGAAGAAAAUACAUGCCAUAUACCUGAAAUAAUAGUAACUGAAAUAAAAAAGCAACUCCAGGAAGCUUUAAAGGAAUUCAAACUAGAAAUAAUCUCUCAGGUAAAAGAAGAAAUAAUAAAAGAAAUGAAGGAGAUGCUGAACAUAUCUAAAGAAGACACAGUUAAAAAAUUGGAGGAACUAAACAAAAAGAAAGAAUCCCUGGAUGAACAAUACAAGAAACAAACAGAAUGUAUAAAGCAGAUUCAAAGAGAUAUACAGGAAAUCAAAAAUUCCAUUGAAAGUUGUAAAACCGCUUCAAUGAAUGCGAAGAUAGAAUUUAGGACCUUGAAGACAAGAUUGCAGCCAGUGAACAGGAAAGGAAAGAUCUUUUAAAAAUAACAAGAAAUCAGGAAAUAACAAUUCAACACCUGCAAGAUGAUGCAAAGAGAAACAACAUAAGGUUUAUAAGGAUAAAUGAAAAAAGGAGACAACAUAAAGGAUGUCAAGAGGAUAUUUAGAGAAGUAAUAGAUGAAAAUUUCCCAAACAUGAAAUUGGAAACUGAUAUCAGGAUCAAUGAAGCAUACAAAAUAGCCAUAGCCAAAAUAAAACUACCCACAGACACAUAAUAAUCACCAUCUGAGAAAUCAAACAAAAGAAUAGAAUAUUAAAAGCUGUCAGAGAGAAAAGACAGAUCACCUAUAAAAGAAAACCUAUCAGAAUCACAGCAGACUUCUCAACACAAACAAUAAAGGCAAGAAGAGCAUGAAGUGAAGUAUUUCAGAUCCUAAAGGAAAAUGAUUUCCAACCUAGACUGAUGUACCCUGCAAAACUGUCCUUCAAAAUCAAUGGAGAAAUAAGAUACUUCCAUGACAAAGAACAGCUGAAGAAAUUCAUGAUCACCAAGCCAAUCCUGCAAAGAAUACUGAAAGACAGUUUAGAUACACUUAGGAAAAAACAACUAAACAAAGCAGACAAUUAAGCAGAAGAGAAAGAUAAAGAUGCAACAGCAAAAAUAUAACAUGUCAGCAAUAAACCAAUGUAUAACAUUUAUAACCAUUAAUGUAAAUGGUCUCAAUGCGCCAAUUAAAAGAAAUAGACUGGCAGAAUGGAUCAAGAAACAAAAUCCAACCAUAUGCUGUCUACAAGAAACCAUCUAACCCAAAAGGAUACUCACAGACUGAAAAGUCAAAGGAUGGAAAACAUGCAACAUGAAUCCAAAAAAAAGAAGCAGGGGUAGCUAUUCUGUUUGCAGACAAUGUGAACUUCAAACCAAUAAUGAUCAGACGAGAUAAAGAAGGUCACUACAUACUGGUUAAGGGAAAACUUCAAGAGGAAGAGAUAACUACCUUAAAUAUAUAUGCACCAAAUUCCAGAGCAUCCAGUUAUAUAAAACAAGUAAUAUCAGAAAUGAAAAACAAAAUUAGCAGUAAUGCAAUUAUAACAGGCUAUUUUAACACACUAUUGACACCAAUGGACAGAUCAACCAGACAGAAAAUCAGCAAAGAAAUAAAAGAACUGAAUCACACCUGUGAACAAAUGGAAUUGAUAGACAUAUACAGAGUAUUCCGCCCAACAACAACAGAAUACACAUUCUUCUCAGCAGUACAUGGGUCAUUCCCUAAAAUAGGACAUAUAGUAACUCACAGAACAUAUUUAAAUAAAUGCAAAAGAGUUGAAAUUAUCCUUUGCAUGUUUUCGGAUCAUAGUGCUAUGAAAUUAGAAAUUAAUGAUAAAAGAUACUGCAAAAAUCCCACAAACACAUAGAAACUGAAACACUCUUGAGUAAUCAGUGGGUCACAGAGGAAAUUAAAGAAGAAAUUAAACAAUACCUACAAACAAAUGAAAAAACAAAUACAACUUACCAGAAUCUGUGAGAUGCAAUGAGAGCUGUCCUCAGAGGAAAAUUUAUUGCACUGAGUUCCCACUGAGUUCUGUUCAGGAAAACAGAACAAAUACAAAUAAAUAACGUGAUGUUACACCUCAAACAUCUAGAAAAAGAAGAGCAAGUCAAGCCUAAAGCCAAAAGAAGAGAGGAAAUAAUAAAAAUCAGAGCAGAAAUCAAUGCAAUAGAGACUAAGAAAACAAUCCAAAAAAAUCAAUAAAUCAAAGAGUUGGUUUUUUGAAAGAAUAAAUAAAAUUGAUAAGCCCCUACCCAGCCUCAUUUAAAAAGGGGAAGAAAAAGCUCAAAUUCAUGCAGUAAGGCAUGAAAAAGGUGAAAUCACUACAGACCCAAUAGAAAUACAGAAGAUCAUCAACACCUAUUUCAAAAACCUCUACUCUCAAAGGUUUGAUAACACAGAAGAAAUAGAAAGAUUUCUAGAAGCAUAUGAAGUACCAAAGCUAGAUCAAGAAGAUGUAAAACUGCUGAAAAACGCAAUUUCUAUUAAUGAAAUCGAAAAUGUAAUUAAGUCCAUACCUACAAAGAAGAGCCCAGGCCCAGACGGAUUCACUGCAGAAUUCUACAAGAAAUACAAAGAAGACCUAAUGCCGACACUCAAACUCUUCAAUGAAAUUGAAAGAAAAGCAAUCCUUCCCAAGUCAUUCCUGGAAGCAAAUAUUACUCUAUUACCAAAACCUGAGAAAGACCCAACUGAAAAAGAGAACUAUAGACCAAUCUCCCUAAUGAAUACAGAAACAAAAAUCCUCAAUAAAAUAUUGGCAAAUAGGAUGCAGCAAAUCAUCAAGAAGAUUAUACACCAUGACCAAGUGGGAUUCAUCCUAGGUAUGCAGGGAUGAUUCAACAUAGGUAAAUCAAUAAAUGUAAUCCACAUAUCAAUAGAGUCAAAAAUAAGAAUCACAUGAUCAUCUCUAUAGAUGCAGCAAAAGCUUUUGACAAGGUACAACAUUCAUUUAUGAUAAGAACCUUGCAGAAAAUUGGAAUAGAUGGUCUUUACCUCAACAUAAUAAAGGCCAUCUAUUACACACCAACAGCCAGUAUGAUACUAAAUGGCCAAAAAUUGAAGGCCUUUACUUUAAAAUCAGGCACAAGACAAGAUGUCCCCUGUCACUGCUCCUAUUUAAUAUGGUACUGGAAAUACUAGCCAGAGCAAUUAGACAAGAGAGAGAAAUAAAAGGUAUAAAGAUAGGAAAAGAAGAAGUUAAAUUACCACUAUUUAUAGAUGAUAUGAUACUCUACAUAGAUGACCCCCAAAACUCCAUUGAAAGACUCCUAGAUAUAAUAAAUAAAUUCAGCAAUGUGGCUGGAUACAAAAUCAAUACUCAAAAAUCAAUAGCAUUCCUAUACACUAACAAAAAAUCACAGAGAGAGAAAUAAGAGAAGUCACACCCUUCACACUAGCAACCAAAAAAAUUAAAUAUUUAGGAAUUAUUCUCACAAAAGAAGCAAAAGACCUAUACAGGGAAAAUUAUUAUACACUGAAAAAUGAAAUUGAAGAUGAUCUCAGAAAAUGGAAAGACAUCCCUUGCUCAUGGAUAGGAAGAAUAAAUAUUGUGAAAAUGGCCAUUCUCCCAAAACUGUUAUACAGAUUCAAUGCAAUCCCGAUAAAAAUACCAUCAACAUACCUCAUAGAUCUCGAGAAAUCACUCCUAAAAUUCAUCUGGAACCAGAAGAGACCUAGAAUACCAAAGACAGUUCUAAGCAGCAAAGGCAAGGCAGGAGACAUCACAAUCCCUGACUUGAAGUUAUACUACAAAGCAUCUGUAUUUAAAUCGACAUGGUACUGGAAUCAAAACAGAGCCAAAGAUCAGUGGAAUAGAUUAGAAGAUACAACCACAACUACAAACACACUCAACCACCUUAUCUUUGAUAAAGGGGCCAAACAUGUUCACUGGAAGAAUGACAGUCUCUUUAAUAAAUGAUGUUGGAAAACUGGCUCUCCAUAUGCCGAAAACUAAAACUAGACCCAUGCCUAUCACCAUAUACUAAAAUAAAAUCUAAAUGGAUCAAAGAUCUAAAUAUUAAAACAGAAACACUAAAUCUAUUGGAAGACAAAUUGGGUAAAAACCUUGAAGACAUAGGGGUAGGUAGAGAAUUCAUGCACAAGACUCAAACCGCAUGGGAAAUACUCCCCAGAGUCAAUAACUGGGAGCACAUCUUAUUAAAAAGUUUCUGCACAUCAAAAGAAAUAGUGCAGAGAAGAGAAAACCCACAAACUGGAAAAAAUCUUAGUGAACUGCCCCUCAGACAAAGGACUUCUGUCUAAAAAAUCAGACCCCCAAAAUUCAAAGACCCAAUCCAAAAAUAGGCAUCUGAGAUGAAUAAACAAUUUUCAGAUGAAGAAAUACAAAUGGCAAAUAAAUAUAUGAAAAUGUUCAUCAUUAGUCAUUAGAGAAAUGCAAAUAAAAACCACACUGAGAUUUCAUCUCACUCCUGAAAGAAUGGCCAGGAUCAAGAAAACCACCAACAACAAAUGCUGGAGAGGCUGUGGGGAAAAAGGAACUCUCCUACACUGUUAGUGGGCGUGUAGACUAGUGCAACCAUUGUGGAGGUCAGUCUGGAGAUUUCUCAGAAAGAUGGGAUUGGAAGUCCCUUUUGACCCAGCUAUUCCACUUCUAGGCAUAUUCCCAGAAGAGCUGAAAGCAUCAUACCACAGUGAUAUAUGUGCACCCAUAUAUCAGCACAAUUUGUAAUAGCCAGAUCUUGGAAACAACCCAAGUAUCCAUCAACUGAGGAAUGGAUUAAAAAGUUGUGGUAUUUUUAUACAAUGGAGUACUACUCAGCCAUAAAGAAUGAUCACAUUGAGACAUUUAUAAAUAAAUGGAUGCAGCUUGAGAUCGUACUCAUAAGUGAAAUAAAUCAAACUCACAUCUAUAAAUAACAAAUUGUUUCCCUAGUGUAAGUAAUGAUAAGAAUACAUAAAAGUACGUGGUAAUCAUGAUCCCCAGUCACACUGGUUUGAAGCCAUAUGUUUUCAUUCAUUAAUUGGAAUGGUUUUAAUCUGGGUUGCUUUAUAUUAUUGUCUGCGAUACUACGAAUAGCUAUUUUGAAGAAAAUAAGAGUGUAAUGGCUAGUGCUGAUUUAAUAUUAUCCUGUUUUGAAGCCCCAUCAAGUUGUUGUUCAUCUGUUUCCAUUAGUUUUAACAUGUUGUAUCUUAUUAUAUUUUAAUGUAUCCAAUAGUAUAAGCAAAGUUUCUUAUAGACAAAGAGAUAACAUAGAAAUCAAUGUUAGGUUUCUGUUAGCUGAUUCUAAAUACCCUGCAAUACUUACAUUGUCUUGAAUGGUUUCACACUGUCUUGAUAAGUUUGAUGCUAUAGUAUACUAAGUUAGACUCAAAUAUUUCAAGGAAAAAGACACUAUGGUAACUACUAUUAAUGUCAGGCUAUCUGGUGGUGAAACACAAUGAUGCUUACAUUGUUCGGUUCUGACCUGGGUUGUUCUAUUGAUAUGCUCUUUUUUUAAAAUCUCAAUCCCCCCCCCUUUUUUUUCUUUUUUUAAAAAUUGAAAACUAAAUUAAAAAUAGUGGGAUAUAUUAUAGUAACUUUUUUGUUUUGCUAUUAACCUGAUUUGAACCCUUGUAUUGUUCUCUACAUCUUGUUCUGACUGAUUUUAUUAUAUUCUGUUUUGUUUAAUAGUGUCAAAUUUGAGGGUAUAGACAACCACUUAGAAGGCAACCAGAUACUCUAUGACACCCAUUAUGGUUUGACUAUUAUCUUCUUUGGAAGUCCUGUAAGGUCUCCAAUGUGGGUUUUAUUGGUCUUGUUCUGUACUGCUUUGUUCAAUUCUUUUAUACCAGCUGAUAUAGGCACCUCUUUGUAGGAUAACAAGAGGCAUAAUGGUAACCAUUGUUGAUCACCUAGUAAUCUCUUUUUGCAUUAUAUACUAUGUCCAUCUUCCUGUUCUGACUCUGUUUUGCUUUGUCACAUUGGGGUUUUUGUUGUUGUUGUUGUUCUGUUUUGUUUGUCUUGUUUCUUGUUUUAUAUUUUUUUUCCUCUUCAAAGAAAAAGAUAUAAGAACUGUGGGAGUGAUGGAACCCAAAAUGUGUGAUUGUUAGCAUAAAAAAAGGAGGAAAGAAAGUGAUCUAAAGGAUAUAACUGCAAGUGUAUUUAAGGGUGUAGGAUAGAAAACCAUAUUACUGAGUUUUUGUUGGGUCAUUGAACAGAACUGUCUGCAGUUUCACUGUAUGAAUGUCCACUUUGUAUGCUUUAAUUUUGUAACCUGGACAACUGUUUCUGAGAUGACAAUAUGUAAUCUAUUUACUAGUGAAUUCUUACUGUAUAUUUUUUCUCUUGAAAUUCUAUAUUACUUGUAGCCUUUUACUGUCUUGCUUUGUUUUGUUUUGUUUUUCUCUUUAAAUAAAAAAAGAUAACUGAUUUUUA